AUGCUUUCCAGACAAGCGAGGGCCGCUUACGAUUUGAAUUUCGAAUGCAACGAAGCCCUUGUUGAUGAUAAUUUGGAAGCCACGUUGGUUGCAGAGUUUUCAAAGGAGGGCGACCGCGAGAAGACAAUGAAUCGGUUCUAUGCUGCGGAGUAUAACCGGACUGAGGACCCGCCGGUGCACUACCAAUACAUAAAGCGACAGAUUUCUCUGGGCCUGCCGGAGGCAAACAAUGAAAUACAGUAG